AAACUCAAAAAUGCCGCUGGAGUGAGGAUGGUGGAGAGAGACAGAGGAACAAAGCUGAUGACAACAUACACUCCUCAAUAUCUAGGGUUACCUAAAGGAGUGUGGAGUCAAGAAGGUGGAGUUAGAAAUGCAGGUGAAGGGAUUGUGAUUGGUUUCGUCGAUACCGGCAUUGAUCCUCUCCAUCCUAGCUUUGCUUAUGAUCCUUUGGAUCCUUACAAGUCUAAGUUUUCUGGUGUAUGUGAGACUGGCCCUCGGUUUCCUUCAAGUUCUUGCAAUGGAAAGAUUGUCUCCGCUAGGUUUUUCUCUGCCGGUGCUCAAGCUGUUGCUGCCUUGAAUUCUUCAGUUGACUUACUCUCCCCUUUUGAUGCAAGUGGACAUGGCAGUCAUGUGACCUCCAUCGCAGCUGGAAAUGCUGGAGUGCCGGUUAUUGUGGAUGGCUUCUUUUAUGGGCACGCCUGUGGGAUGGCGCCACGUGCGCGAAUUGCUGUUUAUAAAGCCAUCUAUCCAACAGUUGGAACUAUAACAGAUUUGGUUUCUGCCAUUGAUCAAGUAAUUUACCACAAGUUCCCAAGUGUUUGUUCUUUCAAUGUUCUAUCAAGAAUUGAAAUUGAGAUUGAUUUCGAACAGGCGUUGCUAGAUGGAGUGGACAUCUUAACACUCUCAAUUGGACCAGAUGAACCACCAGAAGACACUCUCACUUUCUUAAGCGUGUUUGAUGUUUUCAUGUUGUUUGCGCGGCGAGCUGGAGUUCAUGUGGUUCAAGCAGCUGGUAAUCAGGGACCAGCACCUUCAACUGUCACUUCUUACAGUCCUUGGACUGUCGGUGUAGCUGCCUGCACCACCGACAGAAGGUACCCUCGUACGCUGCUUCUUGGCAAUGGUAUCAGAGUUGAAGGUGUGGGAUUAUCAGGACCAACUUUUGGAGGUGGGUUGUUUCUGCAUGAACUGGUUUUGGCUAAGGAUGCAGUGAGACCAAAUGGGUCAUACCCAAAAACCCCUCAGUAUAUAGAAGAAUGCCAAUACCCAGAAGCAUUGAAUCCCAACAUAGUCAGAGGAAGUAUUGUCAUCUGCAUCUUCUCAGAAGGUUUCUACAAUGGGACAUCUACUCUUGCUGCCAUUAUUUCCACAGCAAAAACUCUGGGAUUCAUGGGUUUUAUCUUACUUGCAAACCCAAUUUACGGCGACUUCAUUGCAGAACCCAUUCCUUAUUCUCUUCCUGGCAUAUUAAUCCCAAAAGUUGCUAAUGCACAGAUUGUAUCCGAGUACUAUGAAGAACAAACAAGCAGCAAAGAAGGCACUGCAACUGUGACAAGAUUUAAGGCAAGAGCAGCUAUAGAGGAGGGUAGAGUAGCAUCUUUUGCAGGGCCAUCACCUAUUGUCAGCAGGUUCUCUUCCAGGGGACCUGAUUUUCAGGACUAUAGAAGGCAACCCACAGAUGUACUCAAGCCAGAUAUUCUCGCUCCGGGGCACCAGAUAUGGGCAGCUUGGAGUCCUAUUAGUGCCUUGGAUCCUUUACUAACAGGAUACAAUUUUGCACUCUUGUCUGGUACAAGCAUGGCAGCACCACAUGUUGUGGGAGUUGCAGCACUAGUCAAGCAAUAUAAUCCUUCAUGGACUCCAUCCAUGAUCACAUCAGCAAUCUCCACCACAGCAACUAAGUACGAUGAUUAUGGAGAGGCUAUAAUGGCAGAAGGAUAUGAGGUUAAUAGCCUGCAUACCUCAACACACUUUGAUUUGGGUGCUGGCCUUAUCCAGCCAUCCCGCGCCAUUGAUCCUGGCCUUGUCCUAUCAUCAGAAUAUGAAGACUACUUGGGGUUCUUGUGUUCUUUACCGGACGUCGAUCCAAGUGAAAUCAAAGUUGCUACUGGAUCCUGGUGCUUUCACUCAAUUGGCCAUCCAGCAAACCUGAACCAACCUUCAAUUACAAUAACAGAUUUAUCAGGUUUCCAAGUAGUUAGGAGGAGUGUAAGGAAUGUAGGUAGCAAGCCAGAAACUUACUUGUGUUCAGUUCUACCACCAAAUGGCACAAUGGUCAACUUGGUUCCUUCUUGGUUCCCGGUGGCUCCGCUGGCAACACAGGACCUGGAAAUACAUUUCAAUGUGACACAAGCCAUGAGUCAAUUCACUUUUGGGGAAAUUGUUUUAACUGGUAGUCUGAAUCACAUUGUGAGAAUCCCCUUGUCAGUUUUGCCUCUUUCACUAAUAUGAAACUGUAAGCUUUGAUACACGUACGCCACUGUUAUUAUACGCGUUCUUGGAUUCUCUG